CGGGUAGCUCCGCCCCUGAGUAGCUCGGUCCCUGGACCUCCCUCCCCACCUCCGGAAAUUCUCCCUGCAGCAACUCCAGUCCCCGGGGACCUCUGCUGGCAAAAUCAGCUGAUAGAACCAUGGCGAUGACUCCCUCUGAAGCAUUCCAGGCCCUCAUGAAUGGAAUAACAAGCUGGGAUGUCCCCAAAGACCCCAUCCCCAGUGAGCUCCUCCUCAUCGGGGAGGCCUCCUUCCCAGUGAUGGUGAAUGACAAGGGCCAGGUGCUCAUUGCUGCCUCCUCCUAUGGCCAGGGUCGCCUUGUCGUCGUAUCCCAUGAAGACUACUUGCUGCAUGCUGGCUUGGCUCCAUUUCUUGCCAACGCAGUGGCUUGGCUCCGUGUCUACCCUGAGGCUCCCACUAGGGUGCACCCAUCCUUGGAACCCCUAGUGAACAUCUUGAAGAAUGCCGGGGUGGAGGCACAGACUGUGGCAGAACCUGGGGAGCCCCGAGGGGCUUACUGCAUCAGUGCUUACCAUGACACCUUGACUGAGAAACUCAUCCGGUUUGUGAAACGUGGUGGGGGCUUGCUCAUUGGGGGCCAGGCCUGCCAGUGGGCCAGUCAGCACGGCUGUGGCAAAGUGCUGUUCAGUUUCCCUGGGAAUCUGGUGACAAGUGUCGCUGGAGUGUACUUCACUGAUGUCUCUGGGGACAGAGGCCGGUUCAAAGUCUCUAAGAAGGUGCCCAAGAUCCCACUUCACAUCAGGUGUUGGGAGGAGCUCCAGCAGGCCCAGCAGCAGCUCCUGGAAGGGAUCUCUAAGCUGGACAUCAAGACGGGGGGAGUCCCUUCACAGCUGCUGGUGCAUGGGGCGCUGGCGUUCCCUGUGGGACUUAAUGCUUCCCUCGCCUGCUUCUUGGCAGCUGCCCACUACGGCCGUGGCCGAGUGGUCCUGGCUGCCCAUGAGGCAAUGCUUUGUGCUCCUAAGUUGGGACCCUUUUUGUUCAAUGCUAUCCGCUGGCUAGCCAGAGGUCAGACAGGCAAAGUUGGGGUGAACAGAAAUCUGAAAAAUCUGCAUUCACUACUCUUGGAGCAUGGCCUGAAAUGCAGCCUGGCUUCUCAUCUGACCAGUGACUUGAAUGUGUACUGCUGUACAGCAUACAGUGCCAAGGAGGCCAAAGAACUACACGAGUUUGUGGCUGAGGGUGGGGGCUUGCUGAUUGGCGGGCAAGCCUGGUGGUGGGCUUCCCAAAACCCAGGCCGCUCUGCUUUGACUGGUUUUCCUGGUAAUGGUAUCCUCAACUGCUUUGGCCUCUGCAUCCUGCCUCGGUCCCUCAGCCCAGGCUGUUUUCCUGUCCCUACUCUUGAGAUGAGGAGCUACCACUUCCGCAAGGCUAUGUCUGAUUUCCAGGCGAGUUUGAACCAUGAGGAUGAUAAAGUAGAAAAGAACUGUCUGGCAAAGCUGAGAGUAGAUGGCGCGGCCUUCCUGCAGAUCCCAGCGGAGGGGGUCCCUGCUUAUAUAUCCUUGCACAGGUUCAUGAAGAAGAUGCUGCAACAGUCAGGCCUCCCAGCUGUGAGCCAGAAAAACCCAGUGGCCAGUGAUUCCUGCGAAGCCACAAUGCUCUGCCUGGCCACAGAGCUGGUACAUUCUGGAACUGACUUCUCUCAGCUGGGCCAUGGCCUUGGCACUUGGACCUGUUCCUCUGGGCCAUAUCCCUCCAAAGACCCUAUCACUGUGGAGAUUGAUGGAACCAACCCAGGCAACAGUGACUCCUGGGUAAGCACUGGGCUCUACCUCCUAGAAGGACAAAAUGUCGAAGUCUGCCUGUCAGAAGCUGCUGCCUCUGCUGGCCUAAAGAUACAGAUUGGCUGCCACACCGAUGACCUGACCACGGCCAGCAAGCUGUCUCGAGCCCCUGUGGUGACUCACCAGUGCUGUAUGGACAAGACCCAACAGUUAGUCCCCUGCCUGUGGGGUGGCCUCCUCUAUGUCAUUGUGCCCAAAGGCAGUCAACUGGGACCCGUGCCUGUCACCCUCAGGAGGGCUGUGCCUGCCCCUUACUACAAGCUAGGAAAGACAUCGCAGGAGGAGUGGAGAAGCCGUAUUGAGGGGAGCCCAGCCCCUUGGGGAGAGCUGGCCACUGAUAAUAUCAUCCUGACUGUGCCAACUGCAAACCUCAAGUCCCUGACAGACCCAGCACCUGUGCUCUGCCUUUGGGAUGAGAUGAUGCAGGCUAUCGCCAGGCUGGCAGCCCAGCCCUUUCCUUUCCGUAGACCUGAGAGAAUUGUUGCUGACGUGCAAAUCUCAGCUGGCUGGAUGCACUCAGGGUAUCCUAUUAUGUGCCACCUGGAGUCUGUGGAGGAGCUCAUCAAUGAGGCGGGCAUGAGAAGCAGAGGCCUGUGGGGACCCAUUCACGAACUGGGCCACAACCAGCAGCAGGCUGGGUGGGAGUUCCCCCCACACACCACAGAGGCCACCUGCAACCUCUGGUCAGUCUAUGUGCAUGAGACAGUCCUGGGUAUCCCCAGGGCACAGGCCCACCCUGCCCUGAGCCCUCCAGAACGAGAGAAGAGGAUCAAAGCAUACCUGCAGAAGGGAGCACCUUUGUGUGACUGGAACGUGUGGACAGCUCUGGAAACAUAUCUACAGCUCCAGGAAGCUUUUGGAUGGGAGCCAUUCACCCAGCUCUUUGCUGACUACCAGACCCUCUCUGAUCUCCCCAAAGACAAGGAUGGCAAGAUGAAUCUAUGGGUGAAAAAGUUCUCGGAAGCAGUGCAGAAGAAUCUGGUGCCUUUCUUUGAGUCCUGGGGCUGGCCUGUCCAGAAGGAAGUGGCCAAGAGCCUGUCCCAUCUUCCCUCUUGGCAGGAACACCCCAUGAGAGUGUACAUGGAGUCCAAGAAGUAAAGAACAUACAGUGGGCACUGAGGGAGAAGAAUAAAGAUCCUACAGCUAAUCUGCCACUGCGACCUGGCUCAAGAUGUUCCAAGCCUUGAGCUGGCAUCCCGCUCUUACCAGGUGCUUGAGUUCUACAGUUUUUUUCUGGGUUCUUCUUGCCUUGAACAAAGAAUUGAACAAAAUAAACAUGUAACAAGGUUUUACAUUUAUUAAAAUUAGGAAAAGAAACAUGGUCUGCAGAGCAAGUACAGUCCAAUCAAAAGUAGGAAAAGAAGUCCACUCUACCAGGUGAGGGCAGACACUGCAAUAGAGAGCCCAGUGGACACAAAGUAAAUACUGGCCAUCUGGCAUAUCUCCCACUCCUCAGGCUGACCUUGCCAAUGGUCAUGAAACUAUAGCACACAUGGAGCAGUGGAACGCUGUGUCACUAAAAGCUCUACAAGGUUUGUAGUCACUGAUUCUAGCUCAUCCUAUCAAAAACCCAAUUGCAUUAUCAUGAGAAGAAUUGAAGAUAACAUUGUCUGAUUGGUCUCAGAGCAGAGUUUUGGAAAUUGUUUCUGUGUAUUGCCUGGAUCUCGGUUGUUGACAAGUCAUGCCCAUGACCAAUUUGCCAAGCCCUCGUGUUCUGUCUCACUUCUUUGCAACCUGCCUUCAGGAUGCUGCUGGUCAAGGUCAUAAAGACAAAACUGGAACCAAGCUUCUUGGGAAUGUGCCUUUGUACUUUCUUUUUGAUACUAUUAUACCUGGCUAGAAAUUUAUUGUGCCAUCAUACUCAUCCAACAAAAUGCUGUAAUUCAUCCUGCCCUCCUGAGGUUUCUAUUCAUCAGUAGGUCUAAAAGCCUUGAGUUGCCAUACUUUUUCAUUCACCCUUCUCUCCUAUCCCAAAAGUAACUACAAAUAAAGAUGGAUCUUUAUUUUG